UGGUACUUUUAGAGCGAAAGUGCAUGAACUCGAAGAACUCCUUUUCUGCCGGAAUUUUGACCUACACUCCUCAUUUUCUAAACCCACCCACCAGCCAUCACCACCGGAACAACAACCCCUCUAACGCUCUUUUCAGAUCUCUUCUCUUUUUGAAAACAACGGAAAUCCUAACUGAAGCUAAUCCCUCUCUCUUCUCGUUUUUUGAAUCUAUUGCCCAUGUCUCAGAUAUUUCGGAUUCUGUCUUUGAAUUUGCUUUUACUUCUUAGCUUUAAAGCGGCGUCGUUUCCUUCGGGAUCCCGUUCGAUCCUUCGAGAUAUAAGUAGCAGCGACAAUGUCGUCAAGCCUGAUUACGCUGUCGAUUUGAAUAUUACCAAUUUUGAUUCAGUUCUUAGAGACACUCCAGCUACUUUUGCUAUUGUUGAAUUCUUUGCUCACUGGUGCCCUGCUUGCAGAAAUUAUAAGCCACAUUAUGAAAAAGUUGCAAGACUUUUCAAUGGACCUGAUGCAGUGCAUCCUGGUAUUGUGUUGAUGGCAAGGGUAGAUUGUGCAUCAAAGAUAAAUAAUAAACUCUGCGAUCGAUUUUCUAUAUCUCAUUAUCCCAUGCUAUUUUGGGGCCCACCUUCCAAAUUUGUAGCUGGUGGUUGGGAGCCUAAAGAAGAGAAAAGUGAAAUACGUGUAAUUGAUGAUGGACGGACAGCUGAACACUUGCUUAAUUGGAUCAAUAAGCAAUUGGGCAGCUCUUAUCAUUUGGAUGAUCAGAAGUUCGAAAAUGAACAUCUACCAUCAAAUGUAUCAGACCCUGGACAGAUUGCACGUGCUGUGUAUGAUGUUGAGGAGGCAACUACCAUUGCCUUUGAUAUUAUAUUUGAGCACAAGAUGAUCAAAUCAGAAACUCGAGCUUCACUUAUAAAAUUCCUUCAGCUUUUAGUGGCACAUCAUCCUUCUAAGAGGUGCCGGAAGGGAAGUGCAGAAGUGCUUGUAAGCUUUGAUGACUUGUGCCCACCGAAUGAGAAAUUGGAAGCUCUCAGCAACGGCAAGGAUAUGCUAGGGAAUUUCCAGAUUUGUGGGAAAGAUGUUCCUCGAGGAUAUUGGAUGUUUUGCCGUGGCAGCAAGAAUGAUACUAGGGGCUUUAGCUGUGGUUUAUGGGUUCUAUUGCAUUCAUUAUCUGUGAGAAUUGAGGAUGGAGAGAGCCAGUUUGCUUUCACAACUAUUUGUGAUUUUAUCCACAACUUCUUUAUUUGUGAGGAGUGUCGUCAACAUUUCUAUAAAAUGUGUUCAAGUGUUGAUCGUCCUUUCGACUCGUCUCGUGACUUCGUCCUUUGGUUAUGGAGUGCACAUAAUAAAGUAAAUGAGAGAUUAAUGAAGGAAGAAGCAUCUCUGGGAACUGAUGACCCCAAGUUCCCAAAGAUUAUUUGGCCUCCAAGGCAGCUAUGCUCUUCAUGUUAUCUCUCUGAUGACCAGAGAGACGAUGGAACCAGUCGGGUUGCUUGGAAUAAGGACGAGGUGUACAGUUUCUUAACUAAUUAUUACGGAAAAACACUUGCCUCCCUUUACAAGGAGAAGGGUGUUCUUUUGAGUGAAGUGACUGAUGGAGCUAUUGAAGAUUUGGUGGCCUCAACAAAUGCAGUUGUGGUGCCUGUGGGGGCAGCAUUGGCAAUUGCUCUUGCUAGCUGUGCAUUUGGAGCGCUUGCAUGUUACUGGCGUUCACAACAGAAGAGUCGGAAGUAUUUCCACCAACUACACUCUUUAAAGAACAUAUGAUUUUUAGGAGGGCAGUGCAAUUUCUCAAAAAUUAUAAUGAAGUAUAAACAGAAAAAAGGGAAGAACAAAGAAAAAAUGAGGGAGAGAGAGAUUUGAUACUUAGGAGGUAAAAUUUCUUAUUUGUUUUUUAUUCCCAAAUAUUUCAGGCCAAGGAGGAAGCCGGAACUAAGAUAGUUAGAAGGACCAUACCAUACUUCACAGCCAUUAUGCUGCCCAGUUAGGUGAAAUCAGAUUGAAUAGCAUUACAGAUCGCAUCGUGCUGGACUGCUCUGAGGUCCUCCUCUGUACCCUCUUUUCAAAUUUUUCCUUAACAUAUAUACUUUGGAAUGUACAGAUAUUUGUGAUAAUUGUAAUUUUUAAAGAUUAUUCCCCUUCUUUUCGUUCCUACUUAUGUACUUAUUAUUAGUGUGUGUAUUUUGUCCACUGCAUUGAUCUGAUUACUCAGCUA